CUCUCCCGGCCGCGCUCCCCAUGGCGGCGGCGGGGGCUGGCGGGAUGGGCGGCGGCGGCGCCUCGGCGGCGCUGGGCGACGGCGGCGUCAUCGACUACUCGGUGCACGAAGCGUGGAACGAGGCCACCAACGUGUACUUGCUGGUGGUGCUGGCUAGCCUUGCCCUCCUCGUCUACGCGCGGCGGAACAAGAGGAGGAUAAUGCGCAUCUUCACCCUGCCCCCGGCUGCCGAGACGCCACCCGAGCCCAACUUCUACGACAGCGUGAAGAAGAUCCGCCUGCGGCAGCAGCUGGAGAUGUACUCCAUCGCAAGGAAAUAUGAACAGCAGCAGCAGCAGCAGCCACCAAAACAGACUGAAACCGUACAGCUCUCAGUGGAAUGAAGCCCACAGUUCUGUAGGAACUCAGGACAUAUAUCCAGUGCUGAUUUUAAGAGUCGAUGUGGAGCUAUUUUCAAUGCUUUUUAAUUGGUACAUAGCUGAAGGCAAUGGGGAAAGGCAGGGGCCUGUCCCUAAAACUUUGUUCUUAGUAGCUUUUCUCUGAGCCCUUGUGAGGCAAAGUGCCCAUUGGAACAUUCAGCACAGGGCAGACCUGCUCAGAGCAACCUGAGGGUAGGGAAGUGCAGUCUUACCAAUGUCUGAAAUUAUUUCUCUCUGCUAGCACCUUGGAAGUCAGCUCCUACCUUGUCUGGCAACAGCACCCGAGAGAAAGCAAGGCAGUACCUAUCUGCCUGGAAACUCUUGUAUUCCUUGAUCAUGAAUUGUUGAAUUUGCUGAAUACAGUCACUAAGUCUGAAUGAAGGCACUGUGGCCGUACUGUCUGGUGAAGGUGAACAGCUCUGCGAGCCCAGAGUGUCACUGGUGGUAGUGCAGAAAAGUUCUGCUCUCUGGCUUUGUUUAUUGUUGUGUAUGCAAUACUGUGAACCUUUCCUGGAGAAACUUUUGAUAAGUACACAGUGAACUACAAAUCUAGAAGACACUUAAAGCCACUACUCUAAUGUCAAUAGCAAGGGUGGUUAGCUUAAUUUAGUCAAAUUGCUGCAAAGAAUGGGUCUGUCUUUAAAAAUCUGUAUAAGCAGGUUACAGAUUAUCCAGAAGAGACUUCACACUGCAGUUACUUUUUCUUUCUAGGCAAAGAAAGUCAGUUAAUUGAAAGGAUUCUGCAGAAAUUACUUUUUAAUAAAAGCAUCUAAUCGUGAAAACUA